AUGGCUGCUCGUCCUACUGUGAACGUGCGCGGCAUUGACGGUGCGGCUGCGGGAUCGCUCCCUCUCCCGGCGGUCUUCACUGCGCCGAUCCGCCCGGAUGUCGUCCAGGCUAUUCACUCGAACAUCGCCAAGAACAAGCGUCAGCCGUACGCCGUGGCUUCGAACGCCGGUCACCAGACCUCGGCUGAGUCGUGGGGUACUGGUCGUGCCGUUGCUCGUAUCCCCCGUGUCGGUGGUGGUGGUACGCACCGCUCGGGUCAGGCUGCCUUCGGUAACAUGGCCCGCGGUGGUCACAUGUUCGCCCCGACCAAGGUCUGGCGCCGUUGGUUCGUCAAGACCAACCAGGCUCAGCGCCGCUACGCUACUGCCUCGGCCCUGGCUGCCACGGCUCUGCCCUCGCUGGUUCUGGCCCGUGGUCACCGUGUUGAGCAGAUCGAGGAGGUGCCUCUGAUCGUCUCGAGUGAGGUGGAGUCGUUCACCAAGACCAAGCAGGCUGUGGCUGUCCUCAAGGCCCUUAACGCCUACGAGGACGUGACCAAGGUCUCGAACUCGCGCAAGAUCCGUGCUGGUGUUGGUAAGCUCCGCAACCGCCGCCACUCCCAGCGCCGUGGUCCUCUGGUUAUCUACAACCAGGACAACGGCAUUGUGAAGGCUUUCCGCAACCUGCCCGGCGUGGAGGUUGCCAGUGUGCACAGCCUGAACCUUCUGCAGCUUGCUCCGGGCGGUCACCUUGGUCGCUUUGUGAUCUGGACCGAGGACGCCUUCAAGCAGCUCGACACCAUCUUCGGCACUUACGAGAGCGCUUCGGAGGUCAAGAAGGGCUUCCGUCUCCCGAACGCCAAGAUCUCCAUGCCUGACGUUACCCGUCUCAUUAACUCGGAUGAGAUCCAGAGCGUGGUUCGUCCGGCUGGUCCUAAGCAGACCAAGCGUCCGUUCACCCAGAAGAAGAACCCGCUCCGCAACCGCGGUGUUCUCUUCCGCCUCAACCCGUACGCUCAGGCCUCGAUCCGCCGUGAGCUGCGUGAGCAGGCUCAGCGCCGCGCUGGUAAGCUCAAGAAGAACACCAAGACUCCUCGCACCACCACUAGCGAGGCGUUCUUCGAGCAGCUCUUUGCUUAA